UCAUUCAGUUUCAGCCUUUUUUUUCUACAAACAUCCCCCUCCCCUACCUUCCCCUCCCAACAGCAGACAGGGGCACACAGACGACCACACUCUCAAGCCAAACCCUAAUUGUGUGUGCGUGUGUCUGCAUUUUUUUCCCUGACAUGAAGAAGGAAACCAAGUUAACAUGUGGCGCUGUUGGAUGCCCUUCAUCUUGGCCUGGGUAUCCAUGGCAACCCUAACCCUCUGCCAAAGUGGAGAUUGGGGUUCAGGCUUUGACAUCUACUCAGCGGUAAUGGCCCCCAACGACACAACGCAGGCAAUUGGUGAUGAGCCUGUGAGGAUGACAGACAACCGAGACUGGAUCACAUCAGCAGCUUUCUCACCAUCAUCCUCACCUACGCUGCGGUACGAGCCUCAGCCGGACAAGUGCUCGGUCCACUUCAGCACUAACAACGCUUCACCUCGAAGGCUCAAGGCCCAGAAAGAGGAGCUGGCGUAUCUGCAGGCCAUCCAGCAUGGAAACAAAGCGGUGAUGGAGAACUUGGCGCAGUUUGUGGGGGCAGAGCUGGGAGAUCAGCGCUAUGAAGAUGUGAUUAAGGAAAACAUAAUUGGCAUCCAAGAGGACCAGAAGAGUUGCCAUGAGGUGGUAGAGAAAGCUGAAGAAGAUCUAGAAACGCAAUUGGAGGGGGAAGUGUCAGGCGCCCGUGCUGGGAUGCAGAAAAUCAGAGAAGAGUCCUUGGCCUUCGAAGACAUGCUCCGCGCUGCAGCAGACAUUGCCAACCGGCUGGAGAUCUCAUCGCAGGCCCUGCAUGCUUCAUUCACCAAGCAGCUGAAAGACAUUGCCAAAGUUCAGCGCUAAAGAAGUGUUGAAAAGACCUUGCACACUGCGCACAAGUCAUCAACUUGUGAAUAAUGUUUGGUACGCUGUGGGAGAAAUAAACCUUCCUGCACUUAUAUAUAUGUUUUUUUAUUAACUUAACUAGAAGUGCUUUAUAGCACUGAGAUACACCAAUGUGUCAAGGUCAGCCAUUACAUCAACUGUUGGUAAUCUCACAUCAUGUGAAAGAUGAACACAACAAAACAGAAUUGUUGGAUAAAAAAACAUUUCUCUCUCUAUGAAGUUACAACCCCGUAACCCAUAAAAUAUUAUUUUCCAUCUGGGCAUUAUUUGUGGAAUUUGGUGAGGUCAGAUGUGGCAACAGUAUGUGGUGCAGGUUUAAGCCAAGUUGAGUGUUUAUGGAUCAAACUAGAUUGGCCCUCAGAGAGCAAACAUAACGGCUCUGUUAGUCUUCUCCAGAGGAAGUCAUGCAUCAGCCAUCUGGUUCCAGGGUGAGGAUGGAGCCCAGGACAGGAUGACUAGUGUGUUCCAAUGGAUAUUUUGUUUUUGCAACAAAAAAAAAAAGACAAAACUGCAACUGAGAUAUCAUUGUUAUAAAGCAAUGUUAUCUGUUUGGAGAAAAUUGCAAUAACCUGUGGAUGAGGGAAAAGCUAUUGUAAGAAAAAUUAGACAAUGCCUGUGAUAAGGAAGAAAGAGGCAGGAAAACACACCACAAGAAAACCUGAUGAAGCUCUUAAAACAGAGAAACUCUGAAUCUGCACAUUGUUUAAACGUUUCCUUGAUUUCCAGAUUUAACACAGAACAUAAACCUUAGGAUCUAAAAAAGAAGACUAUUCGUGGGUCUCAGCUGGAUUUACCCAUUCAAACGUGAGAAUCAUGCUUGUCCAGCUCCAUUGACCCAGUCUCUCUUUUCACCCUGACAGGACCCAUGAGUGAGAAUACUUUCAUGUUUGUAAUCAUAAAAUGUGUAAUAAUAUGAAUUUGUACAAUGUAUGAAAUGAAAUAUGUUUUAUCUAGUAAACAGCAACAAACAAGAA